AUGCUAAUUAAAGAGGAAAGUCCUGAAAUAACAACUGUUAAUGAAAAAUCUGAGGCAACUGCUACUAAUGAAAGUUUCGAAAUAACUUUUACUAACAAGAAAUAUAAAAUAUGUCUUGGUACUAUUUCUAAGAAAGACGAACUGAUAAAAGAUUUUGAUCUCUUUCUUGCAGCAAAUUUUGCUAAUACUAUAAAUGAAAAAGAUAAAUUUAAGUGA